AUGGGAGCUGAACUCAAUAACACUUUGAAAUUCCUUGUUACACCCCGUGAUCCUGCUGAGAUUCCCUAUACCGAGUUACGUAACACCCUGGUCAACCACUUCGAUCGUGCGAAAAAUAAAUUCGUCGAGAGCGUCAAAUUCAGACACAUCAUACAGCAAAAGGACGAAACCGUCGCACAGUUCGUUCUUCGUUUGAAGCAAGGUGCCGCCUACUGCGAAUAUGGCGAUUUUCUGGACCGGAUGUUGAUCGAACAACUUCUACACGGACUUGAAGCACGAGAUAUCUGUGACGAAAUCAUCGCGAAAAACCCGGAAACGUUCAACGCUGCGUACGACAUCGCGCACAUGCUGGAAGCAACCCGGAACACGACACGAGAAGUCAACACGUUCACACAAUUGACGUAUUCAGAAGCUACUAACAAACUUGGCUACGAGAAGCCGAGAGCUAAGAAACCCCAACCUUAUCAUCCCACGACAUCCUCUCACCGGGAACAACAAGAAAAUAAAUCAGACGACAGAUAUCGAACCAAAAGUCACCCGAACAAUGCUGGUGGAUCAGGUUCCUGCAACGGCUGUGGUGGACAGCAUCUGCGGAGUCAAUGUAGUUUCCGUGACGUCACGUGCAACGUCUGUAACAAGAAGGGCCACAUAGCCAAAGUCUGCCGAUCAGGAAAAUCGAAGUCCCAAUACUCUUCCACUGAUCAGGUUCAAACUCAUGAAAAUCCAGCUUCAGAAGUCGACUUGAUACAGUCACUGAGUAAAAUCCACAAUGUCUCUUCAACCGGAAAGAAAAUGAUCAACGUCGCAAUCGACGGUCGCUUGCAAAUGGAACUAGAUACAGGAGCACCGUGUGGAAUCAUUGCUGAAUCGACGCUGAAAAGAAUCAAACCGAAACUGAAUUUGUACAUUGUGUCCGGAGAGUCCGACUCUCUCUUUGGGCGCGAAUGGAUCGCGCAAUUCGCUGACGAAAUCAAUCUGAAUCGAAUCUUCUCUUCAAACACAUCCGUCAAUUCACUUACGAGCACUGAACUUACUCCGGAUCAAGCAACGCAUCUGUCGGCUUUACUGGAUAACUUUGGUAGCAUCUUCAGCGAUGUUCCAGGAAAGCUCAUAGGACCAUCAGCGAAAAUUCAUCUAAAACCUAAUGUAUCUUCAGUUUUCGUGAAAGCACGAGACGUACCUCUCGCACUACGUGAUCGAUAUGCAGCGGAGAUCGACAAAAAACUCGCUUUAGGAUUCUACGAAAAAGUAGACUAUUCCGAGUGGGCAUCGCCGACCCAUAUCGUUGUAAAGAAAAAUGGAAACAUCCGAAUCACCGGUAACUAUAAACCGACUGUCAACCCAAGGAUGAUAAUUGACGAACAUCCGAUACCGAAAAUUGAAACGAUCUUCAACAAAAUGAAGGGAGCUGCUUUGUUUUGUCACCUCGACGUAACCGAUGCUUACACGCACCUUCCAAUCGACAAUGAGUUUCGCCAUGUACUUACCCUCAACACUACGACGCAUGGGCUCAUUCGUCCCACAAGAGCUGUAUACGGAGCUGCUAAUAUACCAGCUAUUUGGCAACGACGCAUGGAGUCCGUUCUUCAAGGAUUAGAUAACGUCGUCAGCUUCUACGACGACAUUAUCGUUUUUGCACGAAACUUCGACGAGCUUCUGCUAGCUCUCACCGCAACACUUGAGAGGAUGAAGCAAAACGGUCUGCAGCUCAACAAAUCGAAAUGUGUCUUCGCUACACCAUCACUCGAAUGCCUAGGUCAUCGAAUAGAUCGUCAUGGUCUACAUAAAUCGGACAAGCAUAUCGAAGCCAUUCGUGAUGCACCACGACCGGCUACUCCGGAGGAACUGCAGCUGUUUUUGGGUAAGGCAACCUACUACAGCUCAUUUAUCCCCAAUCUUUCUUCUAGAACCAGACGUUUACGUGAUAUGUUGCUUGCUGAUACAUUUAAAUGGACACCCGAAGCAGACAUGGCCUAUCAAGACUUGAAACAGGUUCUAAUUUCUCCGCAAGUGCUGAUGCAGUACGAUCCAGCAUUACCGCUAAUCCUAGCAACAGAUGCCAGCAAAACUGGUCUCGGUGCCGUUCUAUCACACCGACUGAUCAACGGAACGGAGCGACCGAUAGCAUACGCCAGUGUCCAACACUGA